GACGCUCUGUCAAACGGGUCAAACGUGAUAUCAGAUCAGAUCAGAAUCGUUCCUCGCGUUUUUCUCUCGCAGCACAAAACAUGGCAUCGAUUCUGCGAUCCAGUAAAUUUGUACGUUAUUUCGCCGGUUUCGCGCGGAACGUUGUAUUCAAUACCGUGCGUGAGACGGAGAGUAGUUUCGUUCAACCCCCGCAGUGUUUGUGCAUCAAUUCCAUCAGUGGAUUUGCGUCAUCGGCGGCCAAUUCGGGGCAAGCCUUGGAUCGGUCGUUGAAACGGCUCGAUGACGACGUACGGCGUUCGGGGCGUAUCUCGCGACGAGACUUGGAAGAUGUUUUGGAGGAAAUACGUGUGAAUCGGUCGGCUACCAGUGCCCAGUCGCUGCUGGUCAUUCGAUGCUGUGGAAACCUGGUCCCCGAAGAGCUACCGGAGGUACGAACAGCACUGGUGCAGGAAAUAUGGAACACACUCAAUAGCCUUAAUGUGGCGAUGGACAUUUCCCACUACAAUGCGCUACUUCGAGUCUAUCUGGAUAACGAGCACCACUUUUCUCCGACCGAGUUUUUGGCCGAUCUGAAAGCGAAGGGAGUUGAACCGAAUCGAGUCACGUAUCAACGGCUGAUUUCGCGCUACUGUCAGGAUGGGGAUAUCGAUGGAGCCACCAAGAUUCUGGAGUAUAUGCGUGAGAAACAGCUACCGGUUAAUGAGUACGUGUUCAAUGCUCUGAUCAUGGGUCAUUCACAGGCUGAUGACUUGGAAUCAGCAACGGGCAUUUUGGCCGUUAUGUCUCAAGCCGGAUUGCAGCCAUCGGCGGAUACGUACACCACGUUGUUGUGUGGAUACGCUCGGAAAGCUGACAUCGACUACAUCAACAAAACGUUGGAGUCGUGCGAGCAGAAGGAAAUUUAUUUGCUUGAUAAAGACAUCCUGGAGAUCCUGUACUCGCUAGCAACAAAUGGUCACGCCGAUAAGGUCGAUCCGUUGUUGGCAAAAAUACGAAAGCAAGCUGGAUAUAAUCAGGAUGCAGUUAACGUCAUACUGCGUUUAAUUAACAAGGGUCAGGAAGAUGUCUGUAUGAAGUUGCUCAAAACUAUGCCUAGAGCGACACGGAAUGAUGGCGAGUUGGCAAAUACUGGUGGAUUCCUAAUUAAACAGUUGGUAAAAGCGAAACGACCCGCUGAAAAAGUGCUUGCUAUUUGCAACGAACUGCAGAGCAAUGGAUUGAACCAAAACGCUUACGUGAUAGCUUUGGAGACAGCUUUGAAGAACGGUAUUGUUAAUUUGGCUAUCCCUCUACUAAAGGCGUUAAACGCACAGAAUCAACCCGUUCGUCAGCACUACUUCUGGCCACUUCUGUGCGCAAGUGAUCAACCUAGACCGGAGGGUGUGUUGAAUAUUUUGAGAACCAUGCUAGAUGAGUUCGAUAUUCAUCCUAACAGUGAAACAGUGCGUGAAUAUGCCAUCCCGAAUCUCGGGAUUAGCAAUCACGAGGAAGUAAUCUAUCUGCUUCGAAGCGUAGGAAUCUCUCCGGCUGUUGGCAGUGCAGGCUGCGUUUAUAUAGCCUUGGAAAACAACAAUCUAAAAGAAGCAGUAAAAAUUGCUUCCCGAUACAAGGCUUACUACACACCAGGAGUUUAUCGUAAGGUGCUCGUAUCGGCACUUGUUCACUCCAAAGAUUUUGAUUCCUACAUUCGAUUCUGUCGUUACCUGUACGACAAUUUAGCGAGGCUUAAUAACAGGGAUGAGGGUAAUGAUGAUACUGAAGUCAACGAAUCCGACACACCAAAGUUCCAAGCCGAGGUGCUCGGAUCGAUGGUUUAUGAUGUGCUUGUUUCUUUCCAUACCAAACGGGUUGAAGCGUUGACAAAAGUGCUGACAGGAUUUGUAAAUCAAGGAUUGUCAAUUAGUCAUACGCAAGCGGAACGAAUUCAGGAGAAACUGGGAGAAGAAAUGACAACCGAAAUCUCGUCAAUGCUGAGCCGUCUGGCAGCAGGCGAUUUGGAACCAGUUCAGUUGGAGACAGUGAAUAUGAAAACGGAGAAUCCGUGGUUAAAUAUGUCGGUGCCACAGCUUGAAAGAUUGAUAAACGAUUUGCAAUCCCGUGGAGAAAACACCAAUUCACUAAAAAAUCAUCUUAUUCGUAAUGCAAUCCGAGCCAACGACGUUUCCAAAACAGAGGAAAUCCUCAAGAAUUUAGAAGAGGAGAAAUACGUAGUCCAACCGGGAAUUUACGCCCAAAUCAUUGAGUUGUAUGCCAACAACGAAAAAACGGAAGAAGCUUUCGCUCUGUUAGAUAAGGUUAAAGCCAAUUCACCAGACUUUGAGUUGGACAAAACGAAAAUUAUCAAGCUUGCCCAAUCCAUAUUGAACCAGAAUCGUUUUGAGGACAUGUUAAAAUUUUUGGCCGAAAACAAACCCACGGUUGGUCGUGACGAAAAUGAGAUUGAUUUCAGUUAUAACAGUGCCGUUUGGAGAAUGCUAAAUAGUUUAGCCGAAAAGGGAAGUGUAAGUGAGGUGAAUACAUUGUUUACCAACCUUUUGGAAAAUGGAUUCAUCACACCGCAGAAUGUUUUCCUCGGCUCGUUGAUCAAGGUUCACGUGGUCCGUGACGACCUACCAACAGCAAUCAAUGUAUUUGAAGAAAUUUGCCAAAAGUAUCGCGCAACGCCUUGGAAGAAUGAACUCACCUGUCGACUAAUCCAGGCGGAAGAUGCAACGAAUUUACAGCGCCUAACCGACCUCAGCACUGAAGUUCAUGGUGAAGUCAACAGUUUGUACGAUUUAGUGUUUGCUUUCGUCGACUGUGGCCGGAUUCGCCAGGCUAGAAAAAUACUGGAGACACCCGGACUACGCACCAGAUAUCAACGCAUCCAGAAUGCCUGCGAACGAUACCACUCAGAGGGGAAAACACAGAGUCUGGAAGGACUAAUGGAAGCGACGAAAGAUUUGAGUCAUAUCGAUCGAACGGAGAUAUACCACAAACUGCUGAAAAGUUACAUCAGCGAAAAAGAACCUGAGAAGGCACUAGGACUGUGGACAAAGAUGCAGGAAGAGGAUGAUACCCCUUCGGAUGCAUUUUUGACUGAACUGUCAAGUUUCCUUAAAGCUUCCGGGUAUGAAGUUCCAUUUGUCAUUUCCACCGAUAGUCCACCAGCUGCUCCCAAAACGGCGAAAAAGGAAAAUAAAUCUGAGAAAUCGGUGAAACCUAAACGGCUGACUUCUACUACGUUGAAAGACUUCAAGGCUGCCAUAAAAAGCGGCAAUCCUGAUCGGAUUUUGGAAACAAGUGACAUACUGUCCACGACAGACAAGAUUAAUCUCACCGAAAAAUCGAUGGUCAUUGAAGCACUUGUAAACCGUGAUCGGCUAAACGAAGCAUCCAAAUUAGUACUGAAAAUGCUUGAUGAGAACCUUCAUCCAAUUCCCCGCAUUUUCAAAUAUUUCCUUAACAAGUUGGCGGCUACUGGUGAUUUGGAAACAUUCGAGCAAAUCAACACCCGGUUGCCUGAUAACGUCAAAAGAUUAGUGUCCUUCGAUAAUCGAUUCUGUCACGCCAACGUGGCAAGUGGUAAUGCUGAAAAGUACUUGCAGCAGCUAGAAGCUGCGAUCGAUUCUGCUACAAGCAAAGAAGAUGCAGAAAAUGCGGCGAAACAUUUUCCAAUCGGAGGAGCCGCGGGAAUUCUUUCACAACAUCCGGAAUUACAUGAUCGAUACCAACAACUUGCGGAGCGAUACGUCAAAUGGGAAAUUAUUGCUCCAGUAAAUGCGCUGUGGGCGUAUCACUUUACUCAGGGCAAUGAGGAACAGGCCCAGCUUUUGUGGGAUAAAUAUUUAGUCAACACUUCGAGGGUUAUGUUUCAGAAGGUGAUUCAACAUGCAAGAGAUAACAACGACGAUGCACUCGUUCGUCGUCUAAUCACACAGAUGAAAGAUUCAAAAGUUAGCGAGAAUGGCGUCGGAAUCAUGUACAGUUGUUUGAUCGAUGCUCUGCUUUCGAAGGGGCAUGUCAAGCAAGCGCUCGAUGCACUUAACGAUGGGUUGCAGAGUGUUUGCCUGGAGAACAUGAACCGGUCGGCACUCAGGAGACUGAAGGAUGGUUUGACAGCAAUCGGACAGGAAUUCCCAUACAUAAUCCCGGAACGGAACGCAAAUAAACCGGAGGAUACAUCUAGCAGCAGCAGUAGUAGCAGCAGUGACGACGAUGUUGGCAAGAGAAAGUAAAUCCUUAAUGUUAUCAAUAAUGUUUGUAAUAAUACUGCACUACACGUGGAAUAGUGCAGACACCAUUGCGACACGAAACUGUAUUCUAAUCACUAAACCAUUGCUUUAUCAUCGACCAUAGUUAUAUAUAGAUGUAUUGUUAAGAAACCAUAAA